AUGACGUACCUUUCCUGCAGCCGCUGGGUAUCAGCUUCAUUGGGUCACUUUGAAUUUAGUGCCAAGGCGACUCCAUACCUUGCUCCGGACCCCUUAUCAGCUAGGGGAAGCUGUCAGCAAUAUGGGGAGACCUGGGCACAUCAAGAACCAAAUGGGGCCUGUUCCUCAGCCCAUUCCCAGGCCUACCACCAGAAGGAUGCAGUUCCAUCAACUAAUUGCCCUAGCGCGAAAUAUGACAGGACACACUAUCUGUGGCCUCCGCUAAUGGCAGAGGCUGCAGGGAAACCCAUCCUUUGCUGCGGCUGCUACGCUGAAGGACGGUCCUCAGAGAAGUUGGAAGUUGCCCCACCAUCUCCAGGACAACUGAAACAUGUGUUCUUCCACAAUGCAUUACCUUUUGUAGGGUUUGGAUUUUUGGAUAACGCAAUUAUGAUUGCUGCGGGAACCCAAAUAGAGUUGUCAAUUGGAGUUGUCCUAGGAAUUUCAACUAUGGCAGCUGCAGCUUUGGGAAACCUUGUUUCAGAUUUAGCUGGACUGGGUCUUGCAGGUUAUGUAGAAGCUUUAGCCUCACGACUGGGUCUGUCAAUCCCUGAUCUGACACCCAAACAAGCUGAUAUGUGGCAAACGCGUCUCAGUGCACACUUGGGUAAAGCUAUUGGAGUGACCAUUGGCUGCAUUUUAGGAAUGUUUCCUUUGUUGUUCUUUGGCGAUGAGGAAGAAAAACUGGAAGAAAAAAAUUAACCUUUUUACAAGACAUAUACAGAUGUAAACUACUGUACCUCAAUUAUUCAAUUACGCUGUCAAUAUUUAGGAAUUAACAGACAGUAAAAAAAUGUAUAGACUUGGGAACAAAACCUUCAGCAUGUCGUUUUAUGGAAACACUAAUUUAUUGUGGCUUUGUUGUGUUCAGUACUUCUUUUUAUAAGAUACCAUCUAACUUUUUAUUUAAUUGUAAAUUUUUGAAGUGUUUUCUUUUAUGACAACUGAUGUUUACCACUUUCCCCUUUGACCUUACUCUUUAAUGGAUUAUUACUUUAAUAAUCCACCAUGGAUGACAGUAUCACUCUUGAGUUGCAUAUUGGCUGCCUAACAGUUGUAAUCGCAUGACAAAAAUGUCACUGGUGUCCAUCAGGUCCUUCAAUGCAGAUUAUUAAGGAAGUCAGUCAUGAGUAAUUCAAAGUCCCUUGCUUUGCAAGGUGACUGGUUGCCCCCUCACCAGCCGUCGUUUUGCACGUUUUGUAGAUAAUUUGGUGGUCUACAACAGUCUAGUUUGCAUUUUUUCACAAUUCUGACUAAGUGUCUGAAUUGUCUACUGAGAUGAUAAUUUUAAUGCUUUGACAAGGUAAGUGUUUCCAGUGUAGGCUCUUUACCAAUUCCAUUUUUUAGCUGUGUUUUAACACCUUCUGUACUUCCAUAUUCAUGCCUUGUUUUUUUCCUUUCUAAACAAUAUUUUGAGAAUUGAAAUAUCCUUAAAUUUGUCUUCCUGAGUUUUGAGUGUGGUAGUGAAGAAUUCAGACCAACUGUUUCAAAACCACAAACAACUUUCUUUAAGGUGUGAGUAGUUGAUUGGGUGGAUGCUUCAGGGUGUGAAUGAGUGCUAUUGUUGCAAGUUUGUAAUGGGUGGUUUGGUUGAAACAAUAAAACGUACCAUCAGUCUGGAUUAGAGGACCUGAUUUUCAGAUUAUAACUUUGUAUUUAAGAUUAAGCCUUUGCUACUUUUUUUUUUUUUUCUGUGACACAAUUAGUAAAAAAACCCCAAAACCAAAAGUCCCAAACAACAAAAAAGGAGACUUGAGGCCUUUUUCCUUUUCUGCCUUUUAUUUUUGUAGUCUUACUUGGUGUUACAGACCUGACAGUGCAGUCACGUGCAACUGUGCUUUUUUUAUAUGGUCAUGAAUAAACUGAUUACAGCUAUUGAAUAUUCAUAUUUCAGGAUCUGAUUUGCCAAUAGCAUAAUGCUGAACUGAUAACUGCUAAUUAGAGGAGAGGGUUUCUUACCUGUUUGAAUACCAUUUGGAAAAGACACUAAAAAGAGAGGCAUGGCCAGGGCACUUCAAAAGUUAUAUUGCUGGAAUUGUUCUGAAGCCUAGAAAGAAAUGGUAAAAAAAAAAAAAAUUAAGUCCCCUGAUGACUUUUAUUUACUAUAGGAAAAGUCUUAUUGUAACGUGUACAUUUUACAGAGCUCGUUGCUUAUCUCUUGGUCAUAAAUCUGACUUCUCUGUCUCAUUUCUAGAAGCUGUUUAACAGCAGUACUGAAAUUUUGACAUCAGCCUUUAAUGAAGGUGACAGUGUUUUAUCUGUUUGGUUUUUUUAAAAGCAGACUCUGAAAACUUGCAGUGAGUAAUCCUAGCAGCAUGUACUGUACUUUGUACAUUAAACCUUGAGAAUUUGGACCAAACUGUAAAACUGAAAGAAAUCUCAGCCACGCAUAGAACACAAAUACAGAGGAGUUUUGGUUUGCAUUUUUAAAGUUGGAAGCUUUAUUAAAAAAAACCCAACCAAACAACACAACAAACAAACGAAAGCCUUCCACCCACAAAACCCAGUCCUUCUAGAAAACGAUG